UCCUUGUACCUGAGUUUUCAUAUCGAUCCAUGUCUUUGCGUGCGCGCGCGUGUCUGGGUUUGAAAAUCAUGUUUUAUUUUCUUUUUGUAGGUGGUUCUUUGACAGGAAGAAGAUGGAAAUUUGGUUCUGGAUUUGUUGAUAGAAUUUUCCCAGUUUUGAGUCCAACUGCACUGCAAAUUUUGGAGUAUCUUCAGAAGGAAGCCGAUACAGACAGAAUUUGGAGUUCAUUGCCUUCUCCUGAUGCAUGGGAUGAUGUUUUAACUGUGUCUGUUCAACUUCGGAUCAGAAAACAAUGGGACUCCAUCAUUUGGAUAUGUAAAUGGAUAUUGCCAAGAAGCUCAUUCAAGCCAGAUGUGAUAUGCUAUAAUUUACUGAUAGAUGCUUUUGGCGAAAAAUUUCUAUACAAAGAGGCAGAAUCUAUAUAUUUGCAGCUUCAUGAGGCUAGAUGUAUUCCUAAUGAAGACACCUAUGCCCUACUCAUAAAUGCCUAUUGUAUGUCUGGGAGGCUUCAAAAUGCUGAAGCAGUCUUCGCCGAAAUGCGAAAUUAUUGUCCUCCUUCAAGUGCUGUGGUGUACAAUGCUUACAUAAGUGGAUUAAUGAAAGGAAGAAACUUUGAGAAAGCGGAAGAGAUUUUUCUUAGAAUGAAGAGAGAUGGUUGCAAGCUAUCGACCGAAAGUUAUACAAUGUUGAUAAGUUUAUAUGGCAAAGCUGGUAAAUCUUAUAUGGCCUUGAAAGUGUUUGAUGAAAUGCUAAACCAAAAGUGCAAACCUAAUAUUUGCACAUAUACUGCUCUGGUGAAUGCGUUCGCGAGAGAGGGAUUAUGUGAGAAAGCAGAAGAAAUGUUUGAGCAGAUGCAAGAAGCUGGACUUGAGCCUGAUGUAUAUGCUUAUAAUGCACUUAUGGAAGCUUACAGUCGUGCAGGUUUUCCCUAUGGAGCAGCAGCGAUUUUUUCACUGAUGCAGCACACGGGAUGUGAACCAGAUAGAGCCUCAUAUAAUAUCUUGGUGGAUGCAUAUGGGAAAGCAGGUUUUCAAGAUGAUGCUGAAGCUGUUUUUGAAGAUAUGAAAAGAGUUGGAAUAACACCAACAAUGAAAUCCCACAUGGUGCUUUUAUCUGCCUAUUCCAAAAUGGGAAAUGUGAGUAAAUGUGAAGACAUUCUCAACCAAAUGUGUAACUCAGGUCUAAAAUUCGACACUUUUGUUCUCAACAGCAUGCUAAACUUGUAUGGAAGGUUAGGCCAAUUUGGAAAAAUGGAAGAAGUUUUAACAGUGAUGGAAAAAGGAUCAUAUGUAGUUGAUAUUAGCACAUUCAACAUCUUGAUGCAUAGGUAUGGACAAGCAGGAUUUAUUGAGAAAAUGGAAGAACUCUUUCGAUUACUUGUUGCCAAAGGUUUAAAACCUGAUGUGGUUACUUGGACUAGUCGUAUUGGAGCUUACUCGAAAAAAAAGCUUUACCUAAAGUGCUUAGAAAUAUUUGAAGAAAUGAUUGAUGCUGGUUGUUAUCCAGAUGGAGGAACAGCAAAAGUGCUUCUUGCAGCAUGCUCUAAUGAAGAUCAGAUUGAGCAGGUUACGGAUGUGAUUAGAACAAUGCACAAGGAUAUGAAGACUGUUCUGCCAGUAUUUUGUGGGUUUAGUAUAUGAAGUGUAAUGCGAAUGAAAGAAAUAGUUAAAAUGUUGAAGAGUAAAUGAAGUUAAAGAGAAAGAAUUUGAAAUUCUAUUUGAAUGUGAAUUACAUUUUCAAAUAUGUAUCACAUGGAGUAUACCUGCACUUCUGAAUUUUAGAUGUCAACUCACUGUUAUGGUAUUAAUGUACAUACUAAGAAUAAUACAGCCGAUCACUAAGUUCGGCGUGCCAGCAGAACAGCAUAUGGCUCACCUUAAAAAUGCUUACUUCUGCAUAAGGGUUAGGAAGCAGCAGUCGCGUUUUACCGGCCAAUAGUCGAGCCCAAACUCAUCGGUUCAUCUAACAUGGAAGAAUUUGGCCCCAUCUCCAUUCUCCCAACCAUUACGUGAGCAAGCUUUAUCAACUGUCACUUUGUAGUCAUUGACCAUAUUGGAGGCUUAUUCUAAGUUGACAAGAGUUCCCCCACAAUUCUUCCUCUGUACUCCAGCCACCCCACCCCCUCCCUGACACCUUGCUGCAGCUACAGGUGAAUAAGAGGAGUACAUCCACAGAAAUGCUACACCAACAAGAGGUUCACCAAAUGCAAUAAAAGCAAUUCCUAACCCCCAAAUCUGUAAUCUUAGUAAAAUUGUAAAAACACAAGUUUGGGAAAAUAAAAUCAAUAAAAAGCACAGAAAACGAAAAUGCAAGGUGGUUGGUACCAAUACGUUGGGGAAGAUGAGAUUUAUAAUUUCAAUUGUCAAAUUAACGCAACGCCAUUUAUUUCAAUAUAUAAAGU